AAAAUGAGAAUCUCAAAGGUUUUUAAAGGGGAAGGAAUCAAAGAGUAAGGACAGCAGCAGCAGUUUAAGCAGCAAAAGGAAAAGAAAGAGGGAAGAAAUAGAAACGACAGGCAGACCUUGGCGACGGUAGGAAGAAAGAAAAGGCAGUGAAGCAUAGAAAAAUGGAUAUGAAGAAAAUGGUUCAAAUCACUCUUUAUAAUCAAGAGAAAGAAGAAAAGAGGAUUCUUUUGAAAUUAAAUAGGGUUGGUUGUGGGGAUGAAGCUGAUCAAUAUUGUUAUUCGAUCAGUCCAAGCAUACCGCUACUUGAUCUAAUGCUUGACUUCAUUAAACGCGUUGGGGUUACAUUCAACUCUGUAAGAUUUUAUUACGAGGAUAAGCCUAUAAAUCCAGCAUUGAAUGCUAUAUGGCUGAAUAUGAAAGAUGGAGAUACCAUUGCUGUAUCGAGAAGGAGAAACUUUAGACCUACAGCCGCAACUCAAUCGACUCUUAUUACUUUGCCUCUGGCUGUCGUUGGGGAAAAACCAGUUGUUCUGAAAGUGAAGCAUUUUAGAGCGGAUGGUGCGCUGUACUAUUAUUUGAUUGGGCGAAACACACCGAUGAAAAACCUGUUGCAUGAUUAUGCUGACCGCAUCAAUGACUUAUACGAGCAAGUCAAUUUAUCUUGCUUCAGGUUUUGCAGCAUUGAUAUGGGGAAAACAGCCGAUGAUUUGGGGUUGAAAGAUGGAGAUGUUAUUUACGCGUUUCUGUUUGCUAUGCGAGCAUGUUAGAAGGGGCAUCCUCCUCUUUCGCUUGAAUUGCAGUUCCUUCGGGUUCUGAGCUAUGAAACUAGGAUGUUAUAAUUAAGGUUUUAUUUCUCUUGGUAGCGUUUGAAAACAUAGCUUUAGCUUGCUUGUUAGCCAUGACUUGUGCUAUAUCUGAAUGAUAAUUUUGUAACAUAAUGAGACAUUGGCUCCAGAUUUCACUACUAUAAUUUUGCUUAAGCACAUCUUUUCUAGAA